AUGAACGAGACGGACUCUCGGGAUCGAGCUCUCAUUGCGGUGAUCAUUUCGGCGAGUGUUGUCGUCAUUCUUGGAGUUGGCAUUACACGCUUUAAGGUAACCGAGCGAAUCACCCCAAAUUUCACCCACGUCCGCCAACAGGCCGACCAGGCACUCGCCAACGAAAUGUGGAACAACCAAAUGUUGAACAAUAAUUCAGAAGCAGCGAUUGUUGCAGCUCUCCACAAUCACUAUUCAAAGUUGCUUAAAGGAUUUCAAGCAAUUCGCUACACUCAACCGAAAACGGAUAUUGUUUAUCUAUUGAACAUGAUCACAACAACAGGCGAUUCCCGAGAAACUGAUGUGACUGCAUGGGAAUCAGUUGCCUAUUUCCUGCCGGCUGUCCUCGUUACCGCUUACAUCUAUUCAAUUGCAGCGAAAAUGAUCAGAAAUUGGGUGAAAGGAUUCUUUGAUCCAUCUCAAGCCUCGGAAAGAUACACGAUUGACUACGAUCCAAUUGUGGAGUUCGGCGAGUUUAGCGACGAUUUCACCAAUCCAUCGCGGUGUCGGGAGAAAAUCCUGACCGGUGCCCCAGCCGAAUUGUCGCCAUUGAUGGGACAAGUGGGACUGAUUGGAGCAAUUCCAAAAGAAGAAACGGUUCCCAGCAUUCUUUUCAUAAUCUGCCUCACCAUUUACAUCAUUGCCGGCACUAUUCUCGUCGUCGCUUACAAAGAAUACGACUUUUUCACGGCAUUUAUCUCUUUUGUGCGAUUUAUUGCAUUCAUCGAGUCAUUCAGUGUACUCGAUACGAUUGGUGGAUAUCUUGUGCUUUGCAUGUGUUACGGAGGACAGGCUCACGGGAUUGAGGUUUGUCUGGGUCGGCUUGAUCGUUCUCAUCACGAUCCACUCUCAAUUGAUGAUUCAUAUGUGAAUGCUAGACACCAAAAGAUCAUCCUCGCGUGGAACGCGUUUUUCGGUGCCGAUCCUUUCUUUCUUCGUCGUGAUCAAUGUUCUUUAAAUGGUACGUGUUUCUUGACGACAGAUCGACGUUUCAUUCGUUUAGCCGAUGUGGUGGCUUUUCAUUCACGAGAUAUGAACGAUUUACCGCAUCCAAUGUAUAGAAAGCAGCAUCAAAUCUAUCUCUUUUGGACGAUGGAAGCUCGUGAGAAUGUUGGAUAUUUCAAAUUUUCUCGUGAUUAUUUCAAUCGCACAAUGUCCUUCUCAACUCAUUCCGAUAUCCGAUUAACAUAUGGUGGAAUCGAAUUUGUGAAAAAAUCAGCAUUUGAUGGAACGUCUUCUCGAACUCUUCAGCCAACAAAAAACUACCCACUUCCAUCAUUCGAUUCGUUUGUAAACAAAACAAAAUCGAUUUUCGGUCUUGUUUCGAAUUGUCCUUACUUGGGAGAUGACAGGAGAUGGGAAAUCAUUGAAAAGAUUCAAAGAGAAUACCCGGUUGAUAUGUUCGGUAGCUGUGGUCGGAAAAGACAAUUCAAGAACUUUUGUGCAAAAGGCCGACCAGAUUGUGACGAAGUGGUGAAGAAAGAGAUUGAGAAACGACUCUUUCACUUCGUUUUCGAGAACAGCGAUUGCUUUGGGUAUGUGACCGAGAAAACGUACAGGAGAAUUGGAUAUGAUUCGAUUCCGAUCGGACUUCGGAGAGCUGUUUAUGAAGAAGUAGAUCUGCCCACCAGUGCUUUCAUUUUCGUUGACGAUUUCUCGAAACCCAAAGAUUUUGUGGCUCAUUUAAGAUAUCUCGAAUCAAACGAAACCGCUUACAAAGAAUAUUUUCGAUGGAGAGACGAAUAUAUAGCGGUGGAAAAAGCUGAGAAUUGGUGUGAGCUGUGUGAGAGAAUUUCCUCACCCGAUCCAAAGAUUAACUUCAAAGAGAGGAAGAUGAUUUCCAAGAUCUAUGACGAGUACGCGUGGUGCUUUCAGCGGCCGGUCUGGGAUUUUCCCUAUUUU